GGCCGGCGGCCGGCGGCGGAGGGCGGCUGAGGACGCCGAGGGUCCGCGCCGUGGCCUCGCGUACUUGCGGGCCCGCCAGGCGCUGCGCCCGCUCGUGGCGAGGACCCGGCCGGUGCGCGGCAGACACCCGGCCCCGCGGCAGCCCGGCGGGCGGCGCUGCCCGGGGCGAUGCGCUGAGCGCGCCCGGGGCGGAGCGCUGGGGCGAAGGCGGUGCGGGGAGCGGAGCCCAUGGAGCCGGCGGGCACCAGGCGGAGCCGCCGGGCGCCGUCGCUGCUGCUGCUGCUGCUGCUGCUGCCGCUGCUCCUGCAGGUGGCUGGGCCGGCGGGCGCCCUGGCCGAGACCCUGCUGGACGCGCCGCAGGCCAUGGGCACCAGUUCCAGCCCGCCCAGCCCCGCGAGCGUGGUGGCGCCCGGAACGACACCGUUCGAGGAAAGCCGACUGCCAGUGUUCACCCUGGACUACCCUCACGUGCAGAUACCCUUCGAGAUCACUCUGUGGAUCCUGCUGGCCUCCCUGGCCAAGAUCGGCUUCCAUCUGUAUCACAAGUUGCCCACCAUAGUCCCUGAGAGCUGCCUUCUCAUCAUGGUUGGCCUGCUGCUUGGGGGGAUUAUUUUUGGGGUGGAUGAGAAGUCCCCCCCGGCCAUGAAGACAGAUGUGUUCUUCCUGUACCUCCUCCCCCCCAUUGUGCUGGAUGCGGGCUAUUUCAUGCCUACCCGCCCAUUCUUUGAAAACAUUGGCACCAUCUUCUGGUACGCCGUGGUGGGGACGCUCUGGAAUUCCAUCGGCAUCGGGGUGUCUCUGUUCGGGAUCUGCCAGAUUGAAGCCUUUGGCCUGAGCGACAUCACUUUGCUGGAGAAUCUGCUCUUCGGCAGCUUAAUCUCCGCAGUGGACCCGGUGGCCGUGCUCGCCGUCUUCGAGAACAUCCACGUCAAUGAGCAGCUCUACAUCCUGGUCUUUGGGGAGUCCCUGCUGAACGACGCCGUGACAGUGGUCCUGUACAACCUGUUCAAGUCUUUCUGCCAGAUGAAAACCAUUGAGACAAUUGACGUGUUUGCUGGGAUCACCAACUUCUUUGUCGUGGGCAUCGGUGGAGUGAUGAUCGGUGUCUUCCUGGGCUUCAUCGCGGCGUUUACCACUCGCUUCACACACAACGUCCGCGUGAUUGAGCCGCUCUUCGUCUUUCUGUACAGCUACUUGUCCUACAUCACAGCUGAGAUGUUCCACCUGUCGGGAAUCAUGGCAAUCACUGCUUGUGCAAUGACCAUGAAUAAAUAUGUGGAAGAAAAUGUGUCCCAGAAAUCCUACACAACCAUCAAGUAUUUCAUGAAGAUGCUGAGCAGCGUCAGCGAGACCCUGAUCUUCAUCUUCAUGGGCGUGUCCACCGUGGGAAAGAACCAUGAGUGGCACUGGGCCUUCGUCUGCUUCACCCUGGCCUUCUGCUUGAUUUGGAGGGCACUGGGUGUGUUUGUCCUGACUCAGGUCAUUAACUGGUUCCGGACGAUUCCCCUGACCUUCAAGGACCAGUUCAUCAUUGCCUACGGCGGGCUCCGCGGGGCCAUCUGCUUUGCACUGGUCUUUCUCCUCCCCUCCUCCGUGUUUCCCCGGAAAAAGCUGUUCAUCACCGCAGCGAUUGUGGUCAUAUUCUUCACUGUCUUCAUCCUGGGAAUAACUAUCCGACCACUGGUGGAGUUCCUUGAUGUUAAGAGGUCCAAUAAGAAACAGCAAGCCGUCAGUGAGGAAAUCCACUGUCGGUUUUUUGAUCAUGUGAAGACGGGGAUUGAAGAUGUUUGUGGACACUGGGGUCACAACUUUUGGAGAGACAAGUUUAAGAAGUUUGAUGACAAAUACCUGCGGAAGCUUUUGAUUCGGGAGAACCAACCCAAGUCUAGCAUUGUGUCCUUAUAUAAAAAGCUCGAAAUAAAACAUGCCAUUGAGAUGGCCGAGACUGGGAUGAUAAGCACUGUCCCGUCUUUUGCUUCUCUAAAUGACUGUCGUGAGGAAAAAAUAAGGAAGCUCACACCUGGUGAAAUGGAUGAAAUUCGAGAAAUUUUAUCAAGGAAUCUCUAUCAAAUCCGUCAGCGAACUUUGUCCUACAACAGACACAAUCUGACCACGGACACAAGUGAGAGGCAAGCCAAGGAGAUCCUGAUCCGCCGAAGGCACAGUCUGCGGGAAAGCAUUCGCAAGGACAGCAGCUUGAACCGGGAGCACAGGGCUUCUACUACAACCUCCCGAUAUUUAUCCUUACCGAAAAAUACAAAGCUUCCAGAAAAGCUACAAAAGAAAAAGAAUAUUUCUAACGCAGGUGGCAACAGCAGCGACUCAGACCCAGACAUGGGGACCACCGUCCUCAAUCUGCAGCCCCGAGCGCGGCGCUUCUUGCCGGAGCAGUUCUCCAAGAAAGCCCCCCAAGCCUAUAAGAUGGAAUGGAAGAAUGAGGUGGACGUUGAGUCUGGGCCAGGCCAGCCCCUCACCCCCCCGGCGGCCCACAGCAAGGAGGGGGGCCUCAAGUCCCCAGGCAUGCUCUGCCAGCCCCUCCUCUCCAAAAGCCAGUCUGGCUGCGUGCGCGGGGACAGUGUGAAUGAAGGCGUCCGGCCCAAGCCGCCCCCCAGGCUGGUCCGUAGGGCAUCGGAACCUGGAAACCAGAAAGGUCGACCCGGGAGUGAGAAGCCUUAAUGGAAACGGCCAAAGCAGACCUGGAGGACCGGCCCCUCCCCGCUGAGGCUUGUUCCUCCGCCAUCAUCACACCACCACCCAAUCCACUUAGAACCGUCCAUUCAUCUAUAGCCUGCCUUUGGGUAGUAUUCACGCCCCUGGUCUGUGGGGCGGCUGCUCAUCCCAAGAAGAAGAAAAAUCAAAGAAAAAAAAAAUCCCAUAAAGUGUCUUUUAUGACUUGUUGCUAGCAGUCGUAUUCUUUGUGCAAGGCUGAAGAAAAAAAAAAAAUCACAUGUGCCUUUGUUGAACUUGAAGGACAGAACUUGAAAUUUUUAACACACCCUUGUUGGUGAAAGUUUUAAUAUAUACAUAUAUGCCUCAGAUUUUAUUUAUGAAAAAAUGUGUAUACCUGAAUUAGUUUUUCAGUGAAUGGCACUAAAAAUACUCAGAACACCUUUCCCAGGCGUCAAGGGCAGCUCCUGAAGGAUGGGUGGGGGGCGCCAUCUGUGGGGAUGGGGGCCUUUUCCCAUCCUGAGUUGCUGGCCAGUUGUUUAAGGAAAAGCAGGGCAGGUUUAGAGAACCUAAGGCCUGCAACAGCCAGGGCAUCUGGGCAGAGAAGGUGGACUAGUUCCCAGAGUGUGGCUCCUGUGAAAGUUUGAGAGUCAGUUGGUUUCCACCUUGUUCCACAUUCUGCUACGUGUAUGUGGGUGAUACAUUGAGUCCGUCUCCCCUUCCUGUUUAAAUGGUACAAAGAGAGAGGUUGUGUGGGUGAAACUACCUUACGCUGUAUGACAGACGCAGUGCCAACUUGUGAUGACACCCCUACCACCACCACACCCCCGUGUGGGCCUCAGCCAUGGUCCAUAGACAGGGCAGAACCUGCUUACACCUGGCUGGUGAGACUGGGCGGAGUUUCCUGUCAUGCCCAUCUGCGACCACCUGCUUUAGAACUUCUCUGCAGAACAUUCUAGAACUUUGACUCCAGGACAGCGGCUCUUAGUAGAUAAGGAUGACGGUUGAUAUAAACCAUAUUCUGAUUUUUAACAAACUGGGGAGUGUUCAGGUUUUGAAGUUUAUGCAGGAAGCACUUUGGAGAAUGUGGGAGGGUUUUCUUUUUUUUUUUUUUGCACUCAUCUGUAGUUGUUACCUCUCCCCUCACAAUACAUUAAUAGCUCCAACUCUUCAUAUAAAAAUUGAUUCUAUGAGUCUGAGUACUUUCGAAAGUACAGCAGAAAGUCAAGAAGGGGAAUGCAAUCAUUAAAGAUAAAUGUUGGAAUCUCUCCAACUAUAGAUUUUAUUGGCUUGUCAUUUUCCCUGAAAAAACCCUUUAAAACUUGAGUUGAACAAGACUCAAUUUCUGGGCUUAGAAGUGAGAUAAAGCCACUCAUGUAAUUCCUUGGAUUCAUAUUGGAGAAUCAGCAGAGAAUACGAGUGACCACAGCAUAACUGCCAGACAAACAUGGAUAAAUUAAACAAAAAGAUCCAGUACUUAGAAAUCCUCUGCCAUAGAGCUUAAUCUUUUCUUCUGCCCUCAUCAACGUGAAAUAAAUCUACCCUUCUUUCUCGUGU